GACCUGCUUGAGCUGGAACCCUUACCGCGGCGGCCAAAUUGUCUCCUGUGGCUCUGACGGGACUUGGACUGUCCACGACGCCUUUGCUGCCUUGCAGUUAAAACCAACAGAAGGCGCCAAAAGUGUUUUAGCUUGCGAAAUGCCAACGAGGCUAAAUUCCUGCUGCUGGGCAGCAGCAGACAUUCUUAUUGCUGCAGCAGAAGACAGUGUGGCGUCUCUUUGGGAUAUCCGCCAAGCCCCGACAGAGCCGAUUGGCAAGGUGACCUGCAAAGGCAGUCCCAUCAACUGCAUCGCCACGACUCCGUUGAAGCCCGAGCUGUUCGUUUGCGGCGGCGACGACGGGCUGCUGCAACUGUACGACCGUCGGCGGCUGUGCGCAGCUGUCCAUACACUCGAAGGGCCAAGCGCAGCUGUCCAUACACUCGAAGGGCCAACUGCAUGCAAAGUUUCUGCAGUUUCUUUUUCUCUUCAAAAGCCCUCAUUUCUUUUAAGUGCAGAUUCCAACAAAUACACCUUUUUGUGGGAUUUGGAAAAAGCAGGAGAGGAACAAGACCCCGAAGACGCAGAAGACGGGCCCCCCGAGCUCCUCUUUACUCAUGGGGGCCACCGCGCCGACGUCUACGACGCCUCAUGGAACUGCGAAGAGCAGUUUCCCCACUUAGUGGCGUCCGUGGCAAAUGAUAAUCAGCUGCACAUUUGGCAGCCGAAAAGUUCUGUCUUUUUUGAAGAAGAAAGCGAAAGAGAGGAGGACGCGGACGAGUUAGAAUGA